GGAUGCCGCCUAACCUAGAGUCAGCUGAUGUUUAUUUUUACAAAAAAAUCACGAAAUAUUCAAUAAAUUAAUCAGAUUCUUGUUGCUCUAAUAUCAGCUACACAACGGUCCCUUUAGUGCAGCCACACAAAUUUCUGACAGUGUAAGAUAACGUCGCGUUCAGUGUGCCUUACAGGCUGUUAUGUGGAAAAUGUCUUCACAGCUGGAAACCAUAGUUGCCGCCUACAAAACGUUGACAAAGAUCCCGUCUCUAACCGGUGGGAAGCUCAACAAUGCUGCUAAUAAGGUGACAGCUAAGUGGUCUGUUCGCAACUUGGAUAAAGGCAAGAACACGUCAUAUGCUACCUCGUACACCUUGGACAGUGAACUUUAUGUUACCGAUGAAAGUGAUUUUGGAACUGAUAUUAGCAAUGAAAUUCUAUCAGCCAUAUCCCCCCGUGAGAACUAUAAAGCAAUAAUCCGUGAAGAGAAAAACGGCAAGGAUGCCAAGAAACAAUAUCUGGAGGUGUGGAACACCAACACUUUGUCUCAGAGCGUGGAUCUCACGGCCUUGGAUAUACAUGGAGAUGUUUAUGCUGACUCGGAAUUUGGCAGUCUGGACUGGUCUCCCGAUGAAAAAGCAUUAGUGUAUGUUGCGGAAAAGAAAUUGCCUAAAUUCGAGCCCUAUAUUAAGAGGAAAGCCGAAGAAAAACCCAAGCUGGAUGGCAGCGGAGAAACUGCGCCUAGAAAGGGCGAAGAGUUUUUAUACAGACAAGACUGGGGCGAGCAGCUGGUAGGCAAGCACCUGUCCGUCGUGGUGGUGUUCAAGCUCGCCACGGAGACCUUCACCGUGCUGUCCGGUAUACCGGACGGCAUGUGUCCCGGACAGGUGCGUUUCUCCCCGGACGGUAACAGCGUGGUGGGCGUGGUAUGGGAGACGGAGCCGCGACGCCUCGGCCUCAUAUUCUGUACCAAUAGGCCCAGUUAUAUCUUUGAGUGCACGCUCGAUGGGGCUUUCAGAAAGCUAAGCGGUGACGGUUUAGCAGUUCGCUCACCGAGACUAAGUCCUACCGGCGACUUGGUCUGGUUACAGCGUGAAGCGGGCGGACCGCAUCAUGCCUGCCACCAACUUGUUAUCAUGAAGAAGAAUACUAACACAAUCACCACACUCAUAGAUAUCAUAGACGCAGAAAUAAAGACAGUGAACGGCUACAGUUUCACCGGGCUGUACUGUCAGUCGCUGCCGCACAAGUGCUUCAGUGCUGACGGCAAGCGCCUCGUGCUGUCCACGCAGCACCACGCUGAGAUACGAGCCUAUGUCCUUCAUAUAGAAUCUGGCAGCAUAACGGACAUAUCGAACAACAGAAGCAGCCCCUACUCCACCAGCGUGGUGGACGUGCGCAGUGACGUCAUACUCGUGGCUUGUUCCAGUCUCGUCACUCCGGGACAGCUAUACAUAGCCCGCCUACCAGCGGCCGGCAGCGAGGCGGCCACAUCGUGGUCUCGAGUCACGUGCAACUGCGACGCCACCGCGCCCGUCGCCGCAGCACGAGUUCGAUACCUGCAGCUGCAGCACACUAACUCCACGGAUAGCGUCAAUUCGUUUUCGGCCAUAUACAUGGCUCCUAAUAUUGACAACAAGCAGUUCCCUCUUAUCGUGUGGCCGCACGGAGGACCCCACUCCAACUUCGUCAACGCAUACUCUUUGGAAGCAGCUCUUUUCACCACCUUGGGCUUCGCGUCCCUCCAAGUGAACUACCGGGGCUCAACAGGCGCGGGGCAGGCUUCUGUCAACUUCUUACUCAAACGCGUCGGUGAGGCUGACGUCAGUGACUGCAAAUUAGCCACAGAUUAUGCAGUCCAGAACUUCCCUAUAGACGCGACGAAAUUGUGCCUAAUGGGCGGUUCGCACGGAGGGUUUUUGGUGACGCAUUUGAGUGGGCAGUACCCCGAUUUGUAUGCGGCGGUAGUUAGCAGGAACCCGGUGAUAGAUGUCGCUAGUAUGUUUAAUUCUACUGACAUUGCUGAUUGGUGCGCAGCCGAAUCAGGUUUUGACUUCACGGAAAAGGGUCCAGUCUCUGAAGACCAGCUCCUCGCCAUGAGACGGUGUUCCCCCAUAGCUCAUGUGCACAAAGUGAAGGCACCCACAGCUCUCAUGUUGGGCAGCGGAGACAAGCGGGUGCCGCACUUCCAGGGCCUGGAGUACGCUAGGAGGCUGAAGGCCAAUGGAGUGAAAACCAGGAUAUACAUGUACGAUGACAAUCACUCGUUGUCCUCGCCCGCCGCUGAAAUGGACAACCUCAUCAACGGUGCCCAUUGGUUCAUGGAACAUUUGCAGUUAUAGCUCAUUGAAGACUCGAGUGAGAGCAAAGGUCUCGAUUGUUAGCGAUUAAUCGGUUGUCUCGAUGCCUAGGUAUCGAUUAAUCAGCCAUGAAGAUUUAAUCAUUUUUUAUAUUUUUUCAUUUUUAUAAGCAAUAGUAUUUGUUAGGAAAUACAUUAAUUGUUAUAUUAAUAUCUUUAAUUACGAAAAAUUUUAAAUCGAUGAAUACUGGUGCUUAUUGUCUACUCAGGGUACAGAUAACUUACUGUAAUAAGCAGGUUUAUAAGGGAAUAAUACCCGUAAAAAAUAUAUGUAAUUUUUUACUUACCUGUUAAUAAAUCAGAUAUUUUGCA